GCCCUGUGUCCUGGUGCUCCAGUGUCCCGGUAUCCCGGUGUCCUGGUAUCCCGGAGUCCCGGUGCGGCCGCCGAGCCCGCCCCUGCACGGACGGCUCUUCUACUUAAUGCUUUGGGUUCUGGGCUGUAAUCAAAAGAAAUCUGGACCAUCCUAAAGAAAAUAGUGUUGGAGGUGCACUGGGAGUAGAGGGCUGACUUCAGCUUUCCAUGUGCAAUAAUCCUCAGCAUGUCCUUGUUCCAUCCCACUCUGGCCAGGGCCUUUCUCCUGCUCUUCCUCCUUCCAGGAAUUUGGGUUUCAGCUGAGAACAUCAACUUUUACGACGUGAGGCCUCCCCUGGACCCCACCCCAUUUCCAGAGAGUUUUAAGUGCUUUACCUGUGAGAAUGCAGAGGACAAUUACAGCUGUAACAGAUGGGCUGAAGAUCGAUGGUGCCCUGAAAGUAAGUGCACUCAGUACUGCUUGACAGUUCAUCUCUUCACAGACCACGGAAAGAGCACGUCAGUCACCAAAAAAUGUGCCACGGGCGAGGAAUGUCACCUCGUCGGCUGCCACCGGCACGGAGAAAGUGGCCACACAGAAUGUGUUUCCUGCUGUGAGGGCAUGAUCUGCAACGUGGAGAUCCCAACCAACGACACCAACGCCGUGUUCGCCGUCCUGCCCGCCCGGAGGACGUCGGGUGGCAGCAGGAGGACAGUCAGCAUAGCAGUGCUGGUGUCAGCCGUGAUGGUCACCCUGUCCUGACCCUGCACCCUCACCACAGGCCUCCUCUGAGGGUCCACAGGCUGUCAGAACUGUCAGGAUCUUCAAGGAGAAAUCACUGGUAGUUCGUAAUUACAGAAAAUGCAAGUGCACAUCAUGGAAUCCUUGGAUAUUUUAAAGAAGAUGCUUCACGUGGCCCCCAGCAUUUACAAACAUUUACAAAUAUUUGCAAAUAAACUCCAGGACAACCCACUUGGACUGAGCAGGAGGGGUGAACUCAAGUCAUAAUUUACUGGUUUAUGAUGAAAAUGCACAUUUUCUUGGCAUGUUUUUUGGACAGAGAGAACUGUGACAAUCACUUUCCCAGCUGAGAUGAAAGGGAACUUUUUAUGGGCGAUGUGCCAACGUGGAAACUGCUUUUGAACUGCUUAUAAAGGACCCAGAGUUUCUUCUCUUGGUCAACAGGUGCAUUUAAGCUUGUCUUUAGUCAUGGUUUUCAUAGAGAACAUAUAUGAGAGGACUUCUUCUGCUUUGAUCAGAGCUAUAAUUCCUCCUGCUAAUAAUACAAAACGAUCCUUUACAUCUUGCUUUUCUUCAAAAUGUAUCACCUUCGGGUUUUGAAACAGUGUGAAGUGAUGGAGGAUUUCUAAAAAUGACCAGAAUUCCUGAUCCCCCGCCCCCAAGGGAUGAUUUUCUUGCAAUUGAGCAUCACCUCAGCUGGAUUUUCACCUUUGUGAUGUUGGAAUCCCACAGCUUUGAAACUGCAGCUACAACCAAGCAGCUUUUUUGUCAUAAAAAUUGUAAGUGGGCACUUGGUAGAAAUAGAGAGAAGUCUCUGUUCUCUCUUGAUUUGCAAGAAGUUUCUCCCAGAAAUAUUAUUGCCCUUGGUGGAUUUUCUAGCUCAGCACUGUUGGAUACUCCAGGCCUCUGGAGAUCAUCCUGUUUGAAAAGUUUGGGCCAAUAUUCUGCUUUUCCUGACAAUAUUCUGGGGUUUAAUGUGGUUUAUUUGCAUAGUUGGACUGUCUGACUCCUUCUCAUUUAGGUGGUUGUUCACCUCAUUCAUCAAUUAGAUGAACAGCUGCAAAUCUGACAAACAGCAGAGUUUAGAUGAUGCACAUUAUCAUACAUUAAUUUAUUUGAGAAAACUGAUUUUUGGGCACUCCAUAAUGUCUGUAUUUCAGCUUGGGUUCACAGGUGUUGGAACUCAAAUAUGUUCAAUUUAAUGCAUAAAUUAGCCACACCUUUUGGAAAUUAUGUUCCUGUCUAUGCACAUCCAUAACUUUAAAUGCCCUUUGAACCUGAAAAUAAUUCUUGAAUAAUGGCAAAUCCCUCAAUUUGUGCAGCUGAGGAAAGAGAAGUGUAUUUUUUAUGAUAAGUAAGUGUAAUAUGAUUUUUUUUAUUAUUAUUUACAUUGCACUGAAGAGCCUAUAGAAGGUUUAUUUUUAAAAGCCUAAAUACUGACAAAUUCUUCACUAUUCAGUGUUGUUUGUGUGAUAUUUCCUGUCUACUGUGUUACUGGUUUAUAUCUUCUCCAGAAAUGGCACUUUUAAUUAAAAAUAUUCAAAUAUUUGCUGGUGGAAAACAUUUGUGGUGACAAAAAUUGCUUGGUAAACUCCUGGCAAAACCUGAGUUUGAAUUAAAAUCUCUCCUGACCUCAGUAUAGUUUAGAAUUUCAUCUGCUUUGGCUUUUCCCAGUUUUUGGGAAUAUUUACAGAUACCAAUCCUCCCUUUUUGGAGGGUGAUAUAUCCUGGUAGAGGCACUCUGUGCCCAGAGACAUUAAAAAGGACAAGAAAACUUGAUUAAUUUGCAUUUCUCCAACUUUGAUUGCUGGAAUCGUUGCUAAAGUGUAGUUUUGUGGUGUUUAAGUGGAAAUAAAAUUUACUCUUAUAUUUCAUAGCAUAUCCUGAGUUGGAUCCACAAGGAUCAUCGAAGCAAAUCCCAUCAAGAGAAGAUGAAGGUUUAAAAAGAAAAUAAAUUAAAAAUAUGAGUAUUUCAGAGCACAAAGCCAUUUCUGUAGAGCGGGGAGAGAGAAAGGAAUAAAUAUGUUCAACAUUCAUAAUUAUUUUGGAGUAUUUCUAUUUUGUGGUGAUUUGUUAAGGUCAUUUUUAGCCUCAUCAGUUUUCUGUGUUGAGUUGCUUUUGAAGGAAGGAAAACUCGAGGUUUGAUGAGAUUUGUGCAAAAAGAAAGGGACUUUUUUUAGCUUUAUGGGUGGUUUUGGGGAUAUUUAUUGGGUUUUUUUAUUUUAUUUUUUUUAUUUUUUGGAUCCACUAUCCCAGGUUAUCAGCCUGUAUUGGCAGUAAAUCAAAUUCUUUACAAAUGUCUAGUGGAGAACAUUAUAUUAAUGAGUUUUCCCUGCAGCAAAGUGGGACAUCAUUCCUCCAGUCUGGAAAGCAGCCCAUGAGAGUUGUCAGUGAGAAGGAAUUCCUGGAAUUGAGGUUUUUCUCUUUGUUCUUGGGUCAGAAUGGAACAUCCUGGGGUUUAUUUGGGUUUUUUGGCAGUUGGUUUCUUGGUCUUUGGGGCUGGUUUGUUUUUGGAGGGGGUUCUGGAAAGAGUUUUUGAAGGGUUUUGUGGUUUUUUUUUUAUGAGUGUUUUUUCUUUUGUUUGUUUUUUGUUUGUUUUUUGAAAGGAUUAUUUUGCAUUGAUGGAGAAAGUGGGACAUGAAUUGAAAGAGCUGAGAGAAACUGUUGCAGGUUCUGCUCCUGUGAAUGGUUCACUUCCAUCUUGUCAAAUAAUGUUGGGAUUUAUUCGGGACAAGAAGAA